CCCCAGCGAGCCGCGCAAGUGGCGCGGGGGUCCCGCCCUUCCUGCCUGGGAGGGAGGAGACGGAGGAGGCGGCCGCAGCCGGACGGGAAGAUGGCGGACCUGGAGGAGCAGUUGUCUGACGAGGAGAAGGUGCGUAUAGCAGCGAAAUUCAUAAUUCAUGCUCCUCCUGGGGAAUUCAAUGAGGUGUUCAAUGAUGUUCGGUUGCUGCUUAAUAAUGACAAUCUUCUCAGGGAAGGAGCAGCCCAUGCAUUUGCACAGUACAACUUGGACCAGUUUACUCCAGUAAAAAUUGACGGUUAUGAUGAACAGGUUUUGAUAACAGAACACGGUGAUUUGGGAAAUGGAAAAUUUUUGGAUCCUAAGAACAAGAUUUCAUUUAAAUUUGAUCACUUAAGAAAGGAGGCUACUGAUGCUAGACCCCAUGAAGUUGAAAAUGCCAUAGAAUCUUGGAGAAAUUCAGUUGAAACAGCAAUGAAAGCAUAUGUGAAAGAACACUACCCAAAUGGUGUCUGCACAGUGUAUGGUAAAACAAUUGAUGGACAGCAGACCAUUAUUGCAUGCAUAGAGAGCCAUCAGUUCCAAGCAAAAAAUUUUUGGAAUGGCCGUUGGAGGUCAGAAUGGAAGUUUACAAUUACCCCUUCAACCACUCAAGUGGCUGGCAUCUUGAAAAUUCAGGUUCACUAUUACGAAGAUGGUAACGUUCAGCUGGUGAGCCAUAAAGACAUACAGGAUUCUCUAACAGUGUCUAAUGAAGCCCAGACAGCAAAGGAAUUUAUAAAAAUCGUAGAGGCUGCAGAAAAUGAGUAUCAGACUGCUAUCAGUGAGAAUUAUCAGACUAUGUCAGACACUACCUUCAAGGCCUUACGUCGACAAUUGCCAGUUACCCGCACCAAGAUUGACUGGAACAAGAUCCUUAGCUAUAAGAUUGGAAAAGAGAUGCAGAAUGCUUAAAGUGAACAUUGCAUGACUGGAUCAUUUUAGUGUCCUUGUAUACAAAUAAGAAUUAUUACAAAAAGUAUUUGGAACUGUCAAAUCACCCAGUCAGCAUGGGCUUUUGCCAUUGAAAAUCACUGUAAGUAGUUUGGUUAGAGCACAAAGCUUAGCAAAUUGAUAUUUUUCCCUUUUCUUUCUUUCUUUUCAGAGGGUUGUAACUUCAGUAUAGCUGAAUAUCUUCCUUUAGAGUUUCUCUUGUACCUUUCCUUUUUUUUUUUUUUUUAAAUAAUGAAGAGACCAUGCCUUUAGUUUUUGAUCACAUGUUAAGAACAGUUUCAAAAAUAUUUUUGCAUAUGACAGCCCUUUCUCAUGCUUUCAUGUGAAAUGGACAACUACCAGAAUUUGCCGGAUUCCUUGUGGAAAUCAGUAAUGUGCAGUUCUAGGUCAGUGUUGACAUGGAGUUAGCCAUAGGUGCUGUUUUUUAAAUCACCUGUCCUUUCAUUAUUUGCAAAAUUGGGAAAAGCAUUUUCUGUUCUGUUUAAAACUUUGAGAACACUUAUUUAGCUGGCUCUGUGUUAACAAGAAGAAAACAUUUUUAAAGGGAAGGCCAAGGUCUAAUGCUGUUUCAAGAUUUUGAAAUUAAAUAAAAAUACUUAUUUCAGAAAUGCAUUUAAUGCUCUGUUCCUGACAGUUACUUAAAUGAGCUCAAACUCCAUCUGCCCUUGAGGUUUUUUUUUAUCAUAAAGCCACAAAUGUAUUAUAACAAGGCAUAUUGUAAUAUAUAAUCCUGUACUCAUUACUGUGUCUGUCAGUUUAUUUUUUUUCUUGGAUUGAAAUGUACUAAAAUUCAAUGUGACAUUAAAAUGCAAAUUUUCUAUUUAUUUGAGUAUCAGAUUACUUCCUGAUGAAUCCUGGUUUUGGUGUUUCUAUGUAAUUUUUAAAUCCUGCUUAAAAUAGCCAGAACUUGUAGCCUAUUCUCAAUUUAUUUGGAGGUUGUUGUAAUACCAGCAUCCAUUGUUUCCAUCUGCAUUUAAGGAACAUCUACAUAUGGAAGUCUACUUAAAACAGGUAUCCUUUAACUUCAUAUUGGCUACAGAGGAUGGAAGAAAUUAACAGGACCGAAAGUAAUGCAUUUGUCUGGAGAGUACUUUCCCUGUCCGAUAUAUCUUAUUGAAAAUGGACAUCAGGUACCUAAAAACACAGACUUACUAUAAUGCUGUAUAACACUUCUGUGAAAUGCAUGGACUUCACUUUUAAGUGGAUAAAAGCCUAUUUUUAAAUAUGCUACCUAAUUAUGGAUGGAAAAUUAAACAGCAUUUUUUAAAAAUCAUUUUUCUGUAGAAGGCAGAUAUUUAUGCACACUCCUAAACCAGGAAAGCUUACACAAAGGUUUUAUAUCUGUUUACAGCAUGAUCCAAUUAAUUACCUUAAACUGGUAAGUUGCAGCAUAGCAAGAGAAAGAUUCUAGAAUUGUAUUGAGUAUAAAAAUGUGUGUACAGUGUUGUUUACUGUUCAAAUUGUAAUAGCAAUACCCCUAUAUUCUGUUCUUCAGUGCUGUCUUAUAAAGGGGUGUAGAAAUUGCUGCUACUUUACAGUUUUAAACUGUAUAGCAGAAGAGUGGGAUUUGUUCUACCACAGUCUUCCUGGAUAGUUGCCCUCUUAAUUGUCUUUGUAGAUCAGCUUUUGAGCCCUGGUGUUUUUUAAAAGAAGGCUUAUAAAAGCUGUGUGUGAGCUAAUGACAGAUGCUGGGUCAAUGUCAAGUCAGUCUGUCAGUCUUAGAACUAAGAUCUAAAUACAAACCUUGUCUGAUGAACUUCUUUAACAUACUUAAGAACAAGAUGAAAACAAAAGACAGGGAAUGGACAGUUAGGAGAACUGUUAAUGGGCAACAACAUGCAAAUAACUGUUAGAAUAUUGCUUAUGACCAGAAUCAGCACUGGCUGAAAGUCAGAAUGCUAUUUUUCUUACCUGAAAUAGAAAGCUAGUUUUAAAUAUAUUCCUAAUAAAGAGGUAUUUUACUGUGAAGUACUCUAUUACUGUCUCCUCUGUUUAUUCAGUCCCAGUCUGAAUUCCGUAUCUUCAAAGAAUAGCAUCCCACAGGUUCAGUUCCACCAGUAGAGAUAAGUAGAUUUGUGUUACUUGUAUUUUCCUUCAUGUUAAUUUU